UUAUUGCAAAAAGGGGACUUUCACUGGACACUCCCCUAAAACCUUGGACGUGGAUGUCUGCGUCUCUGAUUGGUUGUGAAGCCCCAACCGACAACACCUGCUUAACUCCUUCAUCCAAAUUGACACCCGGGGCUCUGAGAAAUAUAGGCAGCAUCCCUUCCAGCUCGUGCAUUCAGUCCCACAGCUACCCCAUAAGACACCAAGCCGCAGCUGCGCUGAUCACUGAUCCAAGGUGAACCCUCACACACACACACACACAUACACACACACAUACACACACACACAUACACACACAUACACACACACACGCUCGCACGCUGUCGGAUCUUUUGCUGGGAAUCGAAGCGCACUGUCGGAGACGCAAUGUUGGUCAAACUGGCCGUGGCGCUGCUGGUUUUGUCAGUGCUGGAGCAAGUAGUGGGAUCGGAUAAUAUUGAUAUCCAUGACAGCCUCCCGGAGAAGCCUGCGAGCCAGAAAGGACGUCUCUCCCUGCAGAAUACAGCUGAGAUCCAGCACUGCCUGGUGAGUGCAGGGGAUGUCGGCUGUGGUGUGUUUGAGUGCUUUGAGAAUAACUCCUGCGAGAUACGAGGGCUACAGGAAAUCUGCAUGACGUUCCUGCACAACGCUGGCAAAUUUGACUCUCAGGGGAAGUCCUUCAUCAAGGAUGCUCUGAAAUGUAUGGCACAUGGGCUACGGCACAAGUUCAGCUGUAUCAGCAGGAAGUGUGUGUCUAUUAAAGAGAUGGUGUUCCAGCUCCAGAGAGAGUGUUAUAUCAAACACAACCUGUGCUCCGCUGCUAAGGAGAAUGUGGCCGUCAUGGUGGAGAUGAUCCAUUUCCAAGACCUCUUCCCUAAAGGUCCAUAUGUGGAGCUGGUGAAUAUUCUCCUGAGCUGCGGAGAGGAGGUGAAGGAGGCAUUGACACGGAGCGUCCGACUACAGUGCGAGCAGAACUGGGGGGCUCUGUGUGACAGCCUGAGCCUCUGCUCCUCCCUUGCCCCGUCUCCCGCCGGCUCCCUCGCUGAACACCACCGCCGCCCUCCCUUGCCCUCUCACCCUGAGCCAGAGCACCCUCGUCCGCCACGGCAAGGUGACAAGGAAAAACCCGGUAAGGCGGGCUUCAACGCUCACCCACGCAAUCGCAGUCAGGGACCCCGCCGCCAGAGUCCAGAGGCCGGAGUGGUGGCUGAGCAGGAAGACCCCGAGGCCACCGACAUCCGGAGGUGAAAGCGCAGGAGAUUGUACCGACCUUUGACCCCCCCCUCCUACAACGUUUGAAAAACCACACUUGCAGACUUAUGCACACCUCCACACAAAAACACACCCUCUCUCUCUCUCUCUCUCUCUCUCUCUCUCUCUCUCUCUCUCUCUCUCUCUCUCUCUCACACACACACACACACACCAACACACACUUCUCUCCGCACACAUGCACACAAAUUCCCGGACAGACUGAGCAGAAGGAAACAAGCCCCGACCUUUCCUGUCCUUAUUCCACCCUCUCCAGUCAUUCCAGCAGUCCCACAUGGUAAACUUGCAGGGUAAUUGUGGUGUAGCUUGUACUGUUAUGCCAGACUGUAGGCCACAAUUUUUUUUAAAUGGAAUAAUAAUUGUUAUUAUCAUGAUUAUUUCAACUGUUAGGACUAUUUUGGCUCUAAUAUAGCAUUUCUCAAAUCAUACUUACUGUAAGAUUUGAUUAUAUUUGUAUUAUUUAUUUUAUUCUUUAUGCAAUGUUGAAAUAUCAAAAUGUACAUAGAAAUAUACUUAUCUAUAUUUAUAUAAACAUGUAUAAAUAUAGUUACAAUAUGCAAUACUGAUAUAGUAUAGAUGACAUAGUAUAUGGUGUGCUGUCUGUUGUUCUCUUCACAGUAUUGCACCCAUCACACAUUGGUCUGUAGAUAUGUAACAUACACCAUUUGUUGUUUCAGAGUGGGAAUGUGUAUUAUAAUUAUAGAUACUUGAUGAUUAAAUACAAAUUGUACAGGUUUCAAGUCCAGUUCUGGCACAUAUGAAUUGUAGUGCAUGAUGGCCACGAAGCCAACAAACUUGUGCAUUCUUAAAGUGAAAAUCCAUUUUAAAGAGGAUGCAAAUGUAAUACUAUGAAUAUGGACAGUUAUUUCACACUUGUAUGUAUUGAUAGGUCUCUCACAAAGCUAGAAAUAAGAGAGCCAAGACUGAUCUCCUAUGUCAUCAAGUUAUACUGUCUGGGCAGCAAUGAUUGGGAGACUUAACAUAGCAGAUGCAGUUUUAUGGAUUUUUUUUGUGUUGCUGCAACUCUUGUGUCUCAUUUGGAUGCACAAAGUAUCACAACACUCUCAUUCAUUGUUAAUUGAGCCCCAGGAACUGUGUCUCGGUGACAUUACAGAUCAUUAAUUUGUAAUCAUGUUUAUAGCUUCAGGAGACGUUAUUGUUCUUGUUCACAAAUAAUAACUGAACUGUCCGAUGUUUUACGUUCUCUUUGAGUUGCAUUUCCAUCUAACUGUCAGCUAUCAGUGAUCUGCAGCAAAGAGAGGAAGUCCUUAAGUCCUUUCAAAUGUAAAAUCACACACAUCAAGGUGCCUAAACUUGUUAUUGUCCACAGUGACCGCUUCUCUGUGAUUUAAGUGAAUGGAUGAUACUGUGUCAUGGGGAGAUUUAUGUUAAGCUACGAUGUUGAGCCACGAAAGUCUUAGAUUUUGCACUUUGGAUGAUUGUCGGUUUGUGUUGGACUGCUGCAGGUUAAGAAUUAAGACCAGCUUACCAGAGUAGUAACUGUCUAAUGAGACCUUACUGUAAAGGAUAUUUCAUUGCUUUUCCUUGUCCACUACAACACCAAGUCCUGUAUCGCCACAUGCUCCUUAGGACCAGAUUGAGCCCCUUCUUUAGAAGAGCAAUGUUACCCUUUUGUGGUGUCCCAGUGGGCAGGAAAGAGGCUUGACAGAAACCCUCCAGAUCUCUGGCCCCUCUAAAUUAGCCCUUAUUCCUCUCUGGUCCCUUACCUAGGUCAGGAGAGACAUGAAGGCCUGUUAUUCUACCCGUUAGAGCCGCAGGCAACGCAGCGAGGACCCAGGAACUGGGUUAAGUCCACACACGGGGGCUCUGGCGCUGUUAUUCUAAAUGUUAUAUUUACCGAGGCCACCAGAGAAUUCCUCUGGGCUGCAGCCAAGAGCCAGCAACACAGAGAGGCAGAGAGGAGUGGAAGCAAGAAGGAGAGAGACAUCCUUAACCUUUUUUUUUUUUUUUUUAAUGUGAUGAUUCACUCUGUCUUUACUUCUCCUUGUACUCUUCUUCUCCUCCUCCUUUAGGUCACAGACACAGGCUUUUGACCAUUUCAGGUCAGUCACAUGCUUUAGCUGUUGAAGUGCAGUUUGUGAGCACGCUACACCACAUGCUGGAGAGCGACUGGUGCAAAAAGAAAAUAAAACAUGCUCAGAUUUUGUGGCUCAGUUAAGGUUUUUUUUUCUUUUUUUUUCUUAACUUUCCCCCCCGUGAUGUACGUACAGUAAGGAAAUGCUUUUUCUCUCAAUCAUUUAGACACUAUUAUAAGCUCCAAGGGUUUGAAUCAUCAGUGAGGCUUUCAGGCUUUUCUUUUUUUAUUCUGUUGUGGAAGUUGGGAUUCCUGUGACAUCCCGGCAGGAGACAUAAGCUAAUCCUAAUGAGAAUGUACUGUAUGUGUGUAAAGUGACAAUCUGUUUCAGCUCUGUCAUUAGGUUUGAUAUGGCUUUUUGUAAUAAUGUAGUAGCUUGAAUGGCUGUUCUUUAUGUGUUCAGAGGAAAAUAAAACUAACCACGUUUCCUGUAUUGUCAGUACUCCAUCUCCACAUUACGUGUUUUCCUCUGUUAAGCACAAGGACUCUGCUUUUACCGUUGAAAAUACAGAACAUGGUCUAGAAGUUUGUAACUCACCUGUAAGACAUUGGGCAUAUGAUCCUAUAAAUAUCUUUGGACUCAUGAAGUCAGAUGUAUCUUGUUAUCAUUAAAAUAUGUUUGUCUGUAUUUUGUACAUGUUGUGUCUAUCAAUAUGUCGAAGUAGGCAUGAACAGCAUAACAAACGACAAAGAAUUAAUGCAAGAGGACAAACGUUAUGGACUUUCAGACAUUCAACGAGCUCUGAGCAGGUCAGCAGAGAAGGCCUCCC